CAUAUUAAAAUUCCGCAGCCAUUUCUUCACCCCGGAAGUUCAUCUCCUUCGCGUCGAGAGAGAGAGAGAAAUCUAGGGUUUGGUUUUGCAGCGUCUCUGCGGUUUCCCGAUGGCGAUGGAGCAGAUCACCGAGGGCGUCAGCAGCAUCGCCCUGAACGGCGGCGGCGGCGAGGCCGUCAAGAAGAACCGCAUCCAAGUCUCCAACACCAAGAAGCCCCUCUUCUUCUACGUCAACCUCGCCAAGAGAUAUAUGCAGCAGUACAAUGAGGUGGAACUUUCUGCUCUUGGGAUGGCUAUUGCGACAGUGGUCACCAUCGCGGAAAUUCUGAAGAACAAUGGAUUUGCCGCAGAGAAGAAGAUCACAACGUCAACUGUUGGUAUCAAGGACGAAUCAAGAGGACGACCUGUCCAAAAGGCCAAGAUAGAGAUAUUGCUGGGGAAGUCAGAGAAGUUCGAUGAGUUGAUGGCAGCUGCUGCGGAGCAGGCUGAUGCUGGAGCCACUGAAGAAGAGCAGAGUUGAAGACUUGAAAGGGCUUCGCCAUUUACCAUUUGCUUUGUGGUCUAGGUCUAAACAUGAUUUGUAGAGUAGUCCUGAUUGAGUUUGUAGCCUUGGAAAUUUUGUAGGAACAGGAAUGAAGUCCAAUCUGCUGUCCACUUCCUUUUCAUUGAAUUUUUCGUGUUGAUGUC